AUGGGUGACGAGAAAGGAGCCGAGGCAAAUUUUGGAGAACUGUCCAACACAUGGCCGCGCCGCCCCCCGUACCCGGACGCACAGAACAGCAGCGUCUACCCGUCGGUCCCCGGCCCGGCUCCAUACCCGCAGCAGAACUACGGCGCCUACCCGCCCAGCCCUCAACCCCAGAUGCAUCAGUACCCCUCCCAGCCGACCUAUCAGCCCAGCGCCCCGGCCCACGUCAUCACCGUCCAGCCGACCACCGUCAUCCUGAAUCACCAGCUCGGGCCCUACUCUUGCUCCGUCACCUGCCCGAAUUGCCACCAGACCGCCUCCACUGAAGUCAUCUACAAUGCCGGACUCUUUGCCUGGUUGAUUUGCGGAAUUAUGUUCAUCUUUGGAUUCUGGUGCUGCUGCUGCAUCCCGUUCUGCAUCGACUCGUGCCAGGACGCCGAACACCGCUGCCGCAACUGCCGUCACUACCUCGGCACCUACAAGCGCAUG